AAAAUAUACAGUUUUAAAUUUAACGUGAAAAAAAACUUUUUGUUCACCUGUAUCGGAUUUCAAUCAUCUAUUUUUUUCUGUUUCGAGAGAGAAAUUUGAAACCACGAACGAAGAUGAAGUUCAAACGAAUUUUGGGUCGAUUACGACAUUCAAUUCGUCGUCGUCGUCGCAAUCAUGGCUACUAUAAUGACGAAGAUAAUUGUCAAUUACAAAAUAUAUUUGAAAACGAACACUUACAAGAUGGAUUAAUUUUUCCUAAAGAAGAAAAACAAAAAGUUCCACCGAAACCGAAGCCUAUCAUUACUGAUGAUAAUGAUAAAAAGGGUUUGCAAAUUGUUCAAUUGAAAGAACAACCACAUCAUUGUUAUUAUCGUCAUUGUUCAGAAAAUUAUCGAUUAUUCAUUCGUGAUCGUUAUUCAAAUGAAUCGUUUCUGAUCAAUGGUGGCUCAGAUAUCUCAUUGUUUCCAAAUGAGAUUCAAUUUUGGAAUCAUUAUCGAUCGAAAGAAUUGAAAAAAUGGCAAAAACAAUGCAAAAAACAGUACGGCGUUCAAAUCAAUGGUGCCAAUAUGGUAUUUGGCGAAAGCCUUAUUGGCACUGGUGAUGAUUGCAAGAAACAAGAACAAAUGAAAAUCACUGGAAAAUUUUUCAUUGCAUUGGAUUUUGGUUUUGGCCAUGAAUUUGUUUUUGAAUUUUAUCUUUGUGAAACUGAGUACCCGGUGAUUGGUGCAGAUUUUCUUGCUCAUUAUCAUCUACUGCCGGAUUAUCUUUGCCAACAAUUGAUUGAUUUUGAUUAUCAUCGUAAAGUUGAUUGCCAACUAUUUCCUACAGUAGUGGAUCGACGUAAUGUACGUAGUUUGGUGAACAUUCGUCAACCACCAAGCGAAAUAUGAACGAAACACGAAAAUUUUUCAUCACA